AUGCGGGCCAUGGCCACCACCACCUCAGGUCCCACACACUGCCCAGCCAACUUCUCAGCGGCUGCUGACCACAUCCUCAGCGGUUUCCAGGAAGACUUUCUGUGGCCCAUGCUGCUGGCUGUGUUUCUGGUGGCCUUGGCUGGCAACAGCCUGGCCCUGUACCGCUUCUGCACCCAGGACCAUCGCCCUUGGCACCCAGCCGUGAUCUUCUCAGCCCAGCUGGCAGUCAGCGACCUGCUUUAUGCCCUGACGCUGCCCCCACUGGCCGCCUACUUCUACCCACCCAAACACUGGAGCUACGGGGAGACUGCCUGCCGCCUGGAGCGCUUCCUCUUCACCUGCAACCUGCUGGGCAGCGUCAUCUUCAUCACCUGCAUCAGCCUCAACCGCUACCUGGGCAUUGUCCACCCCUUCUUCACCCACAGCCAACUGCGGCCCAAGCACGCCUGGGCUAUCAGCGCUGCUGGCUGGGCACUGGCGGCCCUGCUGGCCGCACCCAUGCUCAGCUUCUCCCACCUAAGUGGGCCACAGCAGGAAGGCAAGUGCACUGUGGACAGGCCCCUUGCCUGCAUCAAGUGCCUGGGGACAGCGGAUGACAAGCAGCUUGAGGCCUACAGGGUCUACAGCCUGGUGCUCGCGGCUCUGGGCUGCGGCCUGCCGCUGCUGCUCAGCCUGGUGGCCUACGGCGCCCUCGGGCAGGCUGUGCUGCAGAGCCACGGCAUGACAGCGGCCAACAAGCUGCACGUGAUGCUGCUGGUGGCCAGUGGCAUUGCCCUCUACGCUAGUUCCUAUGUGCCCUACUACGUCACAGGGGUGCUCAACGUGUAUGCCCGGCAGCGCUGGAGAGCCCUCUGCCCAGGCUUUGCAAGUGCGGCCCAGGCUAAGGCGGCGCUGAGCUGGAGGACGUACGUGGCCCAUCAGGUAACACGGGGCCUCGUUCCCCUGGCCAUCUGCGUACACCCGCUGCUCUACAUGGCUGUGGUGCCCAGCCUGGACUGCUGCCACCGACGCUGCCCUGGCUGCGGGCAGGGGCAGGCCCCAGAGAACAUGGAGUGCUCCGGCCAAGCCCUGCCUCUCAAUGUCACAGCCACCCCCAAAACCUCGGGGCCCCAGUCCCCUGAGUUGAGCCCGUGACCUGGCCCAUCUUCAGCCCCCUCCUCAUCACGAGACACCAGGACCCAGCAGCAGAAUGGAGGCUGAGAGCACAGCAGGCCCCUGGCUCUGAUCCCCCAAGAGGCCCUGAGCCAAAACUUCCUCCCCAAGGAAAGGCCUGCAGUGGGACCAGGGAGCGCCCAAGCCAGAGCAGCAGGAAUUGCCACCCGCAGCAGUAACCCCGGGCAGGGCCAGGGAGCAAACCCACAACAGGGGGGGAAGGCGGGGAGGAGGCCUGGCCCCGCCCACCACAGUGUGAGUGACAUCUGCGAAUAAAUGGAACAGC